UGCCGAUGGGGCGGGUUACACCGUGUUCAUAAAGCUGCAGGUAGGCAGAUGUUCAAUCUGCCCCCAGCAGCCAAGUCUCAGACCUGCGUGACUUGAGUGAACUAGUUCACUGUCUGGGUCUGGUCUGGUUGCGUCACUUCCCCCCCGGAGCCCUGAGUGUGAGCUGUGAGUGUCGAGCAAAGAUGGCGGCAGCACAGUUAACAGAUGAGGAGGUUUACUCGGAGUUAAAGCGACUGGGUGUCAUCACAGGACCCGUGACUGAGAGUACCCGGCCCGUGUAUUUGAAAAAGCUCAAGAAGCUACGAGAGGAGCAGCCACAGCGAGGAACCAGGACCGGUAAAACCCGCAGCAGCGGCAGCAUCAACAGCAGCGGCGGCGGCGGCACAGCGGCGGGAGCGGUGGGACUCGCGGCCAGGCCGGCCAGCAGUGACGUCACGUACCUGAGCCCGAGAGGCGGCAGGAGCCCCGGCGGUGUCCCGGUUCAGCACGACAAGCGCCCCGGCGGGGGAAGCAAGUUCGUUCUGGGCUUCAGCUCCGACGAGUCGGAUGCCGAAGUCGGCCAGAAGAAAGGAGGCCUGCACCACAGCGGCAGGAGAGACCGAGGCUCUGGGCAUCACCACCACCACCACCACCACCAGCAGCAGGAACAGCAGCAGCAGCAGCGCAGGCCUCCACCCACCGCUCCUUCCCCCGCUGCAGCCCGCAGGAGCCACGGCGUCGGUGUGACUGGCAGCCUGGCCAGUACCCCUUCGGCGCCUCUGGAAGGGAGGAAGAGCCUCUCCGUGGCGUCCCUGUGGGGAGGCAGGGGGGACGUCGUGCGCCGUCGCGGGGCUUACGGGGAGGAGGGCGAGGAAGACGAUUUCGACGAGGGGGAGACGGAGCGGGGCGCCGGGGCUGUGAACGGGAGCAGGGCGUCUUACCCUCCCAGCGGCGGUAAGCCGGCGGGGGAUUAUUCCGACUCGGAGGAGGAAGAGAGCGCGUCGGGGAAGGAGAGGCUCCGCGACCGCCGACUGAGCCCCAGACGGAGUCAGUUUAAAUCGCCGCCGUCUCCUCAGAGAGGUGCCAGGGGGGUGGAGGGCGGCGUAACCGUAGUAAAUGACAAGCUCGCCUCUGGGAGUCUAGACAUGGUGAGAGGCCGGGGGGCGGAGGAGGAAGAGGAAGAGUUGGCGAAGAAUAGAGACCGGCUGGAGACGGAGGAGGGGACUUAUGGCCGUGGAGAGCCGGGACUGAGCGGCGACCUGAGGUACCGCGGCUACGCGGGACCGUCUGGACUCUUCUCGGGGGUGAUGGGGGCGAGUGGAGUCGGGGGACGGAGCGGCUCCAACCCUGCCGCCGCCGCCGCCAGCAACAACCACAUCAACAGCAGCAGCAGCAGCCGGUUCGGCAUCGGGACAAAGACCCGCUACUCCUCGUACAACAGCGUCCCGGCCGCCGGCAGCCCCCGGUCCAACCACUCGAACCACACGGGCCCGAACCACGCGUUCGGCUCGGCGGCGCCGGAGGAGGAGCUCCUGCAGCAGUUCCGACGGGAGGAGGUGUCGGCCACCGGCGGCUUCAGCGCCCAUUACCUGUCCAUGUUCCUGCUGACCGCCGCCUGCCUCUUCUUCCUGCUGCUGGGGCUCAUGUACCUGCGGAUGAGGGGCUCCGGCGCUGCCGAGGUCGAGGUCGUCAUUAAGAACCAUCCAUUUGGCACUGAUUUUGAUAACGCUUAUAAAGAUCAAGAAAAGGCAAUGAUUUUGAAGAUUUUACUUCAUCUACAUGACCAUUUGGCCAAAAUAGCAGGUGAACAUGACUGUGGUGAUCAUAUCCAUCAUGCAAACAGAAGUCUUUCUAUCAAUGAAGCUUCAGAGGUCUUAAUUCUUUACAAUCCACAAUAUGAGAAGAAUGUUUCCACCGCCCUCAAAUGGAUCCUUAAAAGCGAGGGUGACGUAGGAAUAAGGUUGAUUGGCAGUGAUCCCAAGGACAAAGUAACAGAUGUUUCGGAAAUAAAAUACCUGGAAUCCACUCAUCCCAACAUGUCCUUUAUCUGCCGUUUUCGACGUGCAUUUCUCACCGUUAUCCACAGAGUUGUGAUUUGUAUCGUAGGUAUUGGAAUAGUGUGUGGUGUCUUCUAUUACAUGAAGUAUCGCUGUAGGAAGGAGGAAGAAGAGACCAGACAGAUGUAUGACAUGGUGGAAAGAAUCAUAGAUGUACUUAGAAGCCAUAAUGAAGCUUUCCAGGAAAACAAAGACUUGCAGCCCUACCUGCCUAUUCCCCAUGUCCGAGACUCACUGAUCCUGCCAGUGAACAGGAAGAAAAUGAAAAAAGUGUGGGAGAGAGCAGUGAAUUUUCUUAUGGCAAAUGAAUCUAGAAUACGGACUGAAACUCGGCAAAUAGGUGGAGCAGAUUUCCUCGUGUGGAGGUGGACCCAGCCAUCAACAGUGUGUGAGAAAAUGUCGAUCAUCCCUUCCAAAGUGUGGCAGGGCAAAGCUUUUCCACUUGACAGAAGAAACUCUCCACCGAACAGUUUAACACCAUGUUUGAAAAUCCGCAACAUGUUUGAUCCAGUAAUGGAGGUUGGUGAAAACUGGGAUUUGGCGAUUCAUGAGGCCAUUCUGGAAAAGUGCAGUAACAAUGAUGGAAUUGUUCACAUUUCGGUGGACAAGAACUCACGUGAGGGCUGCGUGUAUGUGAAAUGCCUGUCCACCGAGCAUGCUGGCAAAGCUUUCAAGGCAUUACAUGGCUCUUGGUUUGAUGGGAAGCUGGUAACCGUGAAAUACCUUCGUCUUGACCGAUACCACCAGCGCUUUCCUCAGGCUGUGGACUGCAACACUCCUCUGAAGCCCUCCAGCAAACACAUGAAAACUAUGUCACACCUGCGCCACCGGACCAACACAGGCAACUCUCCGGGGUUUUCCUGAGUGUGCCAACCACCGCCUGAACUGCUCACAAUAUGAGAGGGCUCUGGUGCGGAUGCUGUCUUCCUUUCUUUUUUUUAUGAAAACAUUUCCUUCGUUUUAAAAAAGUCCAAGACCUUUUGGAGCCACAUCAACAGAAGCUGGUGAAAGUUUCUUUUUCAAGCGCUGCUCUGGUGCCGUUGAGGUGGCAGCUUAAGAAUUGUUUUUUUUUAUAUAUAUA